UACGCGCUUGCGCAGUGCGUGUGUGCAGCGGCCUCUGGCCAAGGCGAUGAAGGUUCUGUGGCGCUACUGGUGGAGACCUGGGAUGGGCCGCGGCGCCGCGGGCGGGACAGCGAUCCCUCAGCGGUGGGUCGUGACCCGGCUCGGCGGCUGUCUUGACUGGGAGGACAGAAAGGACGCCCGAGGUCGCGACAAGCCGCCCUGGCGGGUGCUCUUCUUCGGCACAGACCAGUUCGCCCGGGAGGCUCUGCGCGCGCUCCACGCCGCCAGGGAAAACAGAGAGGAAAAGUUGAUUGAAAAACUGGAGGUGGUCACAGUGCCGUCGCCGUCACCCAGAGGCCUGCCAGUGAAGCAGUAUGCUGUGCAGUCCCAGCUUCCAGUGUUUGAGUGGCCGAAUGUGGGCCCUGGAGAAUAUGACGUAGGAGUGGUGGCUUCCUUUGGCCGACUUUUGAGUGAGGCUCUUAUUCUUAAAUUUCCCUACGGCGUAUUGAACGUCCAUCCGAGCUGCCUCCCAAGGUGGCGGGGCCCGGCUCCCAUCAUCCACACCGUGCUCCACGGAGAUCCCGUUACCGGCGUAACCAUCAUGCAAAUCAGACCAAAAAGGUUUGAUGUAGGCCCAAUUCUUAAGCAGGAAACAAUCCCUGUGCCACCCAGGACCACCGCCAAGGAACUAGAAGCCAUGUUGUCAAGGCUGGGCGCCAGCAUGCUUAUUUCAGUUUUAAAACAUUUGCCCGAAAGUCUCAACAGUGGAAGGCAACAGCCCACCGAGGGGGUGACGUAUGCGCCUAAGAUUUCUGCUGAUACCAGCUGUAUAAACUGGGAAGAACAAACUUCAGAGCAGAUACUCAGACUUUAUCGUGCCAUUGGAAAUAUAGUUCCGCUGCAGACGCUCUGGAUGGGGAGUACUGUGAAGCUCCUGGACUUCAUAGAAGUUAACAGUUCAGUCCUUGCCGACCCAAAGUUCCCAGGACAAGCCGCCAUCCCAGGAUCCGUCCUGUACCAUAGACAGUCCCAGACACUGCUCGUCUGCUGUAAGGAUGGCUGGAUUGGUGUCCGAUCCGUAAUGCUUAAGAAAACACUAACAGCUACAGAUUUCUACAAUGGAUAUUUGCACCCGUGGUACCAGAGAAAUUCUCAGGCUCAACCAGUGCAGUGCAGAUUUCAGACUCUUAGACUUCCUACCAAGAAGAGACAGAAAAAAAAUGUUGCUAUGCAACAGUGCAUUAAGUAGUUAGGAAGAGGACAGAUAAGAAUCUAUUACAUAUUUGUAAUGUAUUAAAAACCUUAUUUACAAGGAACUACCUUGUCUUUCAAAGAAGAUGACUCAAAGAGGAGAUUGUUGUCAAAAAAGAUGGAUCGCUUCACUUUCCAUUUUUUUGUUUAGUAAUCCUUAAAAGCAGCCUUUUCUACUUACUUAACAAAAGAAGCUUAAAUAAAUUUGUAUUUAUAAUGUCA